GAGACGUCAUUGCGGCUUGUUUGUGCAGUCUCGGUGGCCGCGGUGACCCACAGUGAUUCGGCCGCCGCGCCGGGGGGUGGGGGGGCCGCGCGGGACUCUUUUCUUUCAGACUGACCGCGGGGCAGCUGGGGAGCAUGUCGACCCCGGCCCGGAGGAGGCUCAUGCGGGAUUUCAAGCGAUUGCAAGAGGACCCACCUGUGGGUGUCAGUGGUGCACCAUCUGAAAACAACAUCAUGCAGUGGAAUGCAGUUAUAUUUGGACCAGAAGGCACACCCUUUGAAGAUGGUACUUUUAAACUAGUAAUAGAAUUUUCCGAAGAAUAUCCAAAUAAACCGCCAACUGUUAGGUUUUUAUCCAAAAUGUUUCAUCCGAAUGUGUAUGCUGAUGGUAGCAUAUGUUUAGAUAUCCUUCAGAAUCGAUGGAGUCCAACAUACGAUGUAUCUUCUAUCUUAACAUCAAUUCAGUCUCUGCUGGAUGAACCGAAUCCAAACAGUCCAGCCAAUAGCCAGGCAGCACAGCUUUAUCAGGAAAACAAACGAGAAUAUGAGAAAAGAGUUUCGGCCAUUGUUGAACAAAGCUGGAAUGAUUCAUAAUAGACAACUGGUCUGUUAAUCUUUUUCAUCAUUGUUGUGUAUAAUUUACCUCUCAGUAGAAAGGCUAACAAAUUUUAAGUGCCACAGGUUUUAAGGAUUCUGCAGAAAAAAGAAAAAAGUCCUUCAGUUUAGAACCUACAAAAGCUUGUGUAUCUUGAUUAAUGUACUUUUUAUUGCAUGGUGUGAACUAAGUUAUUGCUGCAUAAAUUUGUAAUAUAUCCUGUUUGUAUUUUUUUCCAAGUGUAUAAUGUUGGUGUGGAGUUUUCAUGACAGAAUAUACACAUUUUGUAAAUCUGUACUUUUUUCAAAUAUUGAAUGCCUUAUUUUUGAAUUCUUUAGAUUUUUAAAUUGGAGAAAAGCACUUAAAGUUUUUUAUAUAUGAAUAUUACAUGUAAAGCUGUUAAAAUACAUAACUUCAGUGCAAGA